UUCAAUUGAGAUUCAUAACUCUGACACUGUAGAACUGCGUAUUCAUCGUGCGUGGUCCAUUCAUAUUUUAGGCUCCAUCACAAUAUCGAAAAGAUAAAGAAAAUACAACAGCAUAAUACGAUUGUGUUUGCAUUUCAAAAUCGUAGAAUAGUGUGAUACAAUUGUUGCUGUUUCGAACGGUACAUGUAUGGAAAGGAGAGUUUUGGAAGUGGAUUUUUCAAUUGUUAUUUAUUCUUCUCUUCUAUAAGUUCAUAAUAAUGAGACAGAUCAGAUUCUUGGUACUCUCUUCAUUAAUCAUAAUGGGGAUAUUAUGUCCCACAUUGGAUGGUGCCAAAAGCGGUGGAGGUGGUAGAAGUCGAGGUGCUCGUGGAAGAGGUCGAAUUUAUACUGGAAGAAUCCCGAUUUUUAUACCAAAUCGUAAUCCAGCAAGUAUGGGAUAUUAUGAAAAUAAAGAUGGAGCCAGGAUUGUUAAAGCUUCGCACUUUGAGUUGGAUUAUAUGCUAGGAAGGAAAAUAACUUUCUUCUGCAUGGCUCAAGGAUUCCCUAGACCAGAAGUCACGUGGUUCAAGGACGGCAUCGAACUCUACCACCAUAAAUUUUUUCAGGUUCAUGAAUGGCCGAUUGGGAAUGAUACAAUGAAAUCGAAAAUGGAGAUUGAUCCCGCCACUCAAAAAGAUGCAGGCUAUUACGAAUGCCAGGCGGAUAAUCAAUAUGCAGUCGAUCGUCGAGGUUUCAGAACUGAUUAUGUUAUGAUCUCUUAUUAAUUUUCUCGGAUUGUUCUCCUUAUGUCCGGAAUUUUAUGGUUAGAUUAUGAUAAAAAUAUAAUAUAUUCUCUCAA